GCUAGGUCGAAGUGUACACAGUCCCCCACUGAUAUCAGUCGAGCCUUGUACGAGGGAGAUAUAGCUUGUGCCCCUUACACAUUUACUUAUUAAUCACUAUUCCGCCGUUCAAUACAUUUUUACAGUGCCCCCUUUCAGCGAUAUUUUAUUAUCGGUCUUUUAUUUACUCACAUAAUGUUUUAGUAUCCUGUCACUGUACGUCUCAGUAGGCUGUGUGUGUUAAAAUAGGUUAAAUAAGGAGAAGUCAAAUUUACUAAUAAACAACGCUGAGGUAUCUACAAGGCUUUUAUAGAUAUCCAGAAUCAUGGUGGAGAAAACUUUUAACUUGACGUGGAAUAAUCAUUUGGCAAAUUUAUCAGGAUUAUUUGAAGAGCUCUAUAAAAAUGGAAUACUCACAGACACAACACUAGCUUGUCAAAAUGGCAUAUUAAAAGCACAUAAGCUUGUCUUAGCAGCAUGUAGCCCUUAUUUUGAAAGAGUUUUUAAAGAACAUUAUGGAGACCAACCCAUACUUAUAUUAAAAGGUGUACCAAUGGAAGAGAUGGAAUGUCUUCUACAUUUUAUGUAUCGAGGUUCUAUUGAUGUAACUGAAGAAAAUUUACCCUCUUUAAUCAGUAUAGCCACGGAAUUAGAAAUACGAGGUUUAUCGGCUGAUCAUCAAAGCGAAAUAUCUAAUGCUUAUUUCAAUAUGAAACAAGAUAAUUCAAAGAGUCAAAAAUUAAACUAUACACAAGACGCAACUUCAAAUAGUAAUAUUUUAAGAUCUGAAGACUCAAAUUCUAUCGAACAUGUUAAGGUUGAAGAAGUAGAAGUAGAAGAUGACCCAAUGAUUAUGGAUACUCCUGAAGAUAAUUUUGAUGCUUCUUUACCACUAACUAACAAAUGUUUGAGUACUCCUGAUGAAAACAUUGCCGUUUCUAAUUUUCCUACUACUAGCGUCUAUAAUUUACCAUCUGGAAGCAACAUUAUUCAAUCAGUUAGUGUAGAGUACUCUGUCAAACGAAAAGACGACUCACAAGAAAAGCAAAAAACAAAACGUGUUUGUAAAUGGAUUGGAAGUCAGGAAGUAGAAAAAAUUAAUAUCACAGAGAUUUUGAAUGCUUCAGCUAAAGGGAAAAGUAUUAUACGAUAUUAUCAAACAAAUAAUUUAUUAAAUGCAGAAUGCCGCUCUAAAUUAGUGCAAAUUGUUGGGGAUAAACUUCUCGCAGUGCAAAGAAAUCCUACUAGACAUGAUUUUGAACUGAUAGAUCAGAAAAUUAGAGAAUUAUUCCCAUCGGAGGCACAGUAUGUUUAUUUUAUACCUUCGAAAUUGAAUGGUAAACAGCAGAAAAAUCAUGAGGGAAAGUUACCUAAUUAUAUAAGGAAUGUCAAGUAUCGUUGCGACAAAUUGGAAAAAUCCAUGGCUGAAACAUAAUUGAAAACCUGAAUGUCUAUUGAGUUAUGAUUUAACAAAUAACAACUCAUAAACGAACAUUCUUAAAAAAAACUUUGGAGUGAAAACCAGAGGAUGAUAAAUUUGUUUUGAAAGCCAUUCCAGAAUUGUUCUUCAGAAUUAGUGAAAGAAGAAAUAGUGGUUAAUAUUGGAUUAACAAUGAGAACUAUUUGCUUUUCACGCGAACUGAAAUAAUAAUUAUAUAACAAAAAAGAUAUUUUUUCUUCUACAAUUUGGAAUACUUUUUUUAAUGCUUACAGUAUUACAUAUAUUGCGUAUUUAAACUUCAAAUUCAUUUUUCAUUUUUAUGUAAAUAAGAAAGACGUGAAUUUUAUUUAAAUAAAAUACCUGUCCAUCAAUUUCUAUAAUUACAAGGUUGCCACAGGUCAGGGAAAAGUCAGGGAUUUUUAGUAAAAGUACUGGAAAAAAUUGAAUUUUUAAAAUUCAUGAGAAAAUGAUGAAUUUUUAUGGUUUUUUUGUUUGCCUCGU